AGGAUGAUACAUAGCUUAGCAUAAAGUAUUUGCUUGGACGCCUCAUGGGUGGCGUGUUCGGGCCUGCUAUUAGCAGCGCCGGGCCGGUGUUGGUUUGGUCCUUAUGAGUGGUGCUUUUUCUCUCGUCAGCCUGCUCCAUGCUCGUGUUCGGGGUGUCUUUCUUCCUCCUCUCAUGGACACGGCGGUGGAGGUUAUUCCACCAGCCAGGCUCCGCAUCGGCAAGACAUUUCCGCGACCGCUCCUCGGCUCAAAGAUGGGGGGGCGGUUUGCUCACGUCUGAGAACGGUAAGGGGGGCCGCUUCACGUCUGACGAAGUCGAGACUUUCGAUCCUCGUUCGCCUGGUGUUUCACGGUCGCAGAUGCGAGAUGCCGUUGAACGCCUGCGCAAAAAAGUGGGGCUGUUGCAGAAGGUUAAUGCGGACCUGGAAGCCACCGCAAACAGAUUGGAAAUAGAAGGGUGCACCACGACGACGGAGUCGUCGUCUCUUGUUGGUGCUGCUCCGAGCGGCGCGGCCGGUUCUCUUCUGAAGAAGCCCGCCUCCGCUCUGUCGCCUGUUGGAGCGUGUCCCAGUGGAUGGAGAUUGCUGCAAGGAUCCACAGACGCGCACACAGAUGUCGAAAAUAUUCGGGGGAAAGGCCCGCGCGGAAUGUCUAAUAUGGCCCGUUUCAACGGCGAAGAGGCGCCCCAAAAUGUCACGGAUUCGUUUCGGGUCUGGUUGUGUCUGGACUCUUCUGACAAAAUGAGUGGACUCUUCCAGGUCAAACGACUUGCUUGCCGUUCUUGCCGUUUGUACACUCGAAAUCCUGCGUGGGCCCAGAUGGUAAACAACAUUACGGGCCCUGACGAGUUUGAAUUUCUGUUGUAUGGGCCAGAAAUUCACGAGUUGUCCAUGGAUAGCCGCUAUUUGGGUGACUGCACUUACAACCUGCCGUUCCGGAUCUCGAUUCCGGCAACCUAUCGGGUCGAAUUCUGGAGCCAAGCAUCAAGAUGCGCGCGUGUAGAUGAGUUGAACCCUCGGUGGUUGCCUGGCAACGACGACGAUGUACUAGGCUCACGGGUCUCGAUUGUUCUUGGGGAUCCUUCGAAUGCGGUCCAUAAAUGGCAAGCGUUGAUGAAUGGUACGGAUGAAAAGUCCCGGCCCCUCGCGUCGUGUGAUUUCUCCGAGAGGCCUUCUGAGUUUGGCGAUGGCCGAUGGGUGUACUCCAAACGACCCUCAGCGGGAAACUUUACGCGAGCAGCAAUGUAUGGGAGUAUACAAGAUGAGUUUACUUGGGUACCCUGGCGAUGCCACAUACCGACUUACAGCAAGGGUGCAGCAAAGUCGUGCCUGGAGGGGAAGAGCGUAUCGCUCUGGGGUGAUUCCCACAUGCGGCAGCUCUACAAUGCGAUUGUUACCUACGCGUGCGGGGCAGAUGCUCCGCGGGGGCAAUGGCAUCAGGAUUCGUGCAGCACAGGCAGCAAGGCUUGCCCGCGGUUGAAGGUGUGCGUGUUCAACGAUCCCUUCGGCAAGCGCCUCCCCGAGGAACUGAGAGUCCGGAGCGGUGCGUUGAGGGACGAGGCAGACCUAAUCAUCUCAAAUUUCGGUCAGCAUCCCGCAGAUGGUGCUCACCAGUGGACAUCGCAGAUGUACAACGAUAGUCUACAGAAGUACGCGCAUGCGCUUCAGUCAAACAGCGGCUCGGCUGCUGUCAUCUCGUCGGGCACGUACUUGUGGCACGAAACAAAUGAUCAUCCAUUCAAUAACGGUGGGUGGUUUCGUGCAUACAAGGAUCACCGCACAUCUCCUCUGAUUAGGCUAUGGAAUAUUCUGGCGAAAAAUAAGAUGGAGUCUACAAAUCUGCGCAUUCUUCCCGCGUAUCGGAGCUUCCGUAGCAGAUCAUACACAAAGCAUCAACACAUGAAAACUGAAAUUCUGCAGGCGAGUGUCGUUCAAUUCAUCCUGAACACACUCUGCCCCGCGCAUUGACGUUAGACGGCACGGAGUGAGUCUUUGUGUUUGAGUAAGUGAGUGAGGAGAGUGACUACGGACACAGGUGUAGUGGCGAUGGUGGCGGCGUGUCUUAAUGCAGAGACCAGGUUUCUUGCUUAGUUAGUACCUUCGCAGAAGCAGAUGCAGUUGCAGAUCGCCAGCGUGCGACGUAAGUAGCAACGCAGAUCUCCAGUGGGAGAGGCUUACAGACAAAUCUGACAAACGCCGCGAGAGAGGUUCGCAAAGAUAGAAGCAAGCCUCACUGCCCUAUCUCGCAGCGUGUCCUGUUUUGCUGUAUGGAAGUUAUUCGCCCGGGGCGAGCUCGUUUGUUCGCUUCUUCUUCGGCAGGCUUUUGGGCUCUGCAACGUAGUCGCCGCUGGCUUUUUUUUUCCGGCUCCUGUAGUUCGUCCUGCCUACGCCAUUAAGCAAGGUC